AAUAUAACAUAACAUUUGCCUCGAACUCUCAGUCCCUUUCCUUGUGCUCUCUCUUGGGCGUUUCUUAUCCAAACCCACCAAAACCCUCAAGACUUUGCUCUCCAGUCUCCCUAUCUACCUAAACCCUAAAUCGACUCUUCUUCCACUCUGCUGUUUGGCUCUCAGGUGAGGGGUAGAUGGCAUCCACAUUUGCAGCCAUGACUUCAGUUGGUUCCUUGGCUGCUCCUAGUGGCCGUGUCGUUGACAGAAAAUUCGACAGCUUGUCGUCUCGUGCUUCAAUCUCUUCAUUCUCUCUCUCUAGGAGGCAAAAUGUGGCUAUGAGGAGGACACGGGCUCCCAGGAUCUGCGCCAUGGCCAAGGAAUUGCACUUCAACAAGGACGGCUCUGCCAUCAAGAAAUUACAGACUGGUGUCAACAAGCUCGCCGACCUUGUUGGGGUUACACUUGGUCCAAAGGGAAGGAAUGUCGUUCUAGAGAGCAAGUAUGGCUCCCCCAAAAUUGUUAACGAUGGUGUAACCGUCGCAAAAGAGGUUGAGUUGGAGGACCCUGUUGAGAAUAUUGGAGCUAAGUUAGUGAGACAGGCAGCUGCCAAGACUAAUGACCUAGCUGGUGACGGUACAACCACUUCUGUUGUUCUUGCACAAGGUCUUAUUGCUGAAGGUGUCAAGGUGGUUGCAGCUGGGGCAAACCCUGUUUUAAUCACACGUGGCAUUGAAAAGACCACCAGAGCUCUAGUAAAUGAGCUUAAGUUGAUCUCCAAAGAGGUUGAAGACAGUGAGCUGGCAGAUGUUGCAGCUGUUAGUGCAGGAAACAAUUAUGAAGUAGGAAACAUGAUCGCUGAAGCUUUGAGCAAGGUGGGUAGGAAGGGUGUGGUGACCCUUGAAGAGGGAAAGAGCGCUGAGAACAGCCUGUAUGUUGUUGAGGGAAUGCAAUUUGAUCGUGGUUAUAUCUCACCUUACUUUGUCACUGACAGUGAGAAAAUGGCUGUUGAAUAUGAGAACUGCAAGUUGCUUCUUGUUGAUAAAAAAAUUACAAAUGCAAGGGACCUUAUUAACAUUUUGGAGGAUGCUAUUAGAGGAGGAUACCCAGUUGUAAUUGUUGCAGAAGACAUUGAACAAGAAGCUCUUGCAACUCUUGUUGUAAACAAGCUAAGAGGAGCUCUUAAGAUUGCUGCCCUUAAAGCUCCCGGGUUUGGUGAUCGCAAGAGCCAGUACCUUGAUGACAUUGCUAUUCUAACUGGAGGAACUGUCAUCAGAGAGGAAGUAGGACUCACAUUAGAGAAUGUUGGAAAGGAGGUCCUAGGCCAUGCUUCGAAAGUGGUUCUUACAAAGGAUACCUCCACAAUUGUUGGUGAUGGAAGUACUCAGGAAGCAGUUAACAAGCGAGUUGCCCAAAUUAAGAACCUCAUUGAGGCGGCCGAGCAGGACUAUGAAAGAGAAAAGCUUAAUGAAAGGAUUGCAAAACUAUCUGGUGGUGUUGCUGUUAUACAGGUUGGAGCACAAACAGAGACAGAGCUGAAAGAAAAGAAACUGAGAGUUGAAGAUGCUCUGAAUGCAACAAAGGCAGCUGUUGAGGAAGGUAUUGUUGUCGGAGGUGGAUGCACACUUCUGAGGUUAGCAUCAAAGGUUGACGCAAUCAAAGAUACUCUUGAUAAUGAUGAAGAAAAGGUUGGAGCAGAUAUCGUUAAAAGAGCUCUUAGUUACCCUCUGAAAUUAAUCGCCAAGAAUGCUGGUGUAAAUGGAAGUGUUGUCAGUGAGAAGGUGCUUUCAAGUGACAAUCCGAAGUAUGGAUACAAUGCUGCCACUGGAAACUAUGAAGAUUUAAUGGCUGCUGGAAUCAUUGAUCCAACCAAGGUGGUGAGAUGUUGCCUAGAGCAUGCAUCCUCUGUUGCGAAAACUUUCUUAAUGUCAGAUUGUGUAGUUGUUGAGAUUAAAGAGCCAGAGCCUGCAGUGCCUGCCGGCAACCCCAUGGACAACUCAGGCUACGGUUACUAAAGUUGAUCGAGAAUGAGUACGAUCUGAGGAAGAGGAGCGAACAAGAUCAACCUAGAACCCUAGACCCUAGACGAUGGCCACAAUUUAUUAGAACGAUAGUAUUUGAAUGGAAGAAAUUUUUUGUAUACAUAAAGGAUUCCGGUGAGGUUAGCUCACGGGAGUGCGGCGGAUGUUGAAUUCCUGUUCAGUGUAGCAAUCACUGCAAGUAUAAUUUGAAUGGAAGAAAUUUUCGUGCCAA